GUUCGUUAAAGCUGAUUCAUCUACAGAGUUCUGUAUUAUCAUUUUGAACAAAAAUAAGUAUUACUGAAUAACAAACAAAUAUUUAUUAAAUAAAAAUAAAAAAUAAUAAUAUAAACAAAAUUACCAUAUUUUCACAUCAGAGUCAAGCGCGUUCUGUUUCGGAACUAUUUUCAUAGUGACGGUUCCUACACGGUCUGCUCUUAAUGUAACACUGCUAGUCUAACCUCUCACAAGCUGCAGUAUAACCUUUAUAUAAGAUAUCUGCUGCUCUUUGCCCCCUGAGCUGAUCAGAAAACUGCAAGGUGACGCUAUGAAGAAACUGUAAACUUACAUGUCAGGAUCUAAACAGCAUCCUUGAUAGAGUACCAUGCAGGGACGAUCAUGGACCAGGUCACAUUUAGAAGUGACACCGUUCUGUCUGAUGUCCAUCUGCUGCUACCAAACACUCGCCAUCUCAUGAAGAGACUCAACGGUGUGGGACAGCCUGUCUUUACUUCAAAGUUCAGGAUUCUGCGAGAUAUCGAUGGGAAGGACUCGAGUGAUGAUUUGCCUGUCCGAGAGAGCUCAGAUGCAUCAGAUGUUCCUCGGGAUGAAGAUGGGGAUCUGGAUGUGGUGAGAAGGCCCAGAGACACCACCUCUGACAGAGAUGCAGUUUGUCCCAUUAUACUUAGUCAAUCUGCAGCCACAUCGAGUGAUCAGGAUGAAGAUUCUGACGAGGAAGAGGAGAGUGCCCGUGACAUCAUUAUCAUUGAGCACACUAUGGCGACUCCACUGGAAGAUGUAGGAAAGCAGAUCUGGCGUGGUGCUUUCCUGUUGGCUGAUUUCAUCCUGGCUCAGUCAAGCAUGUUCAAAGGCGCCACUGUCCUGGAGCUCGGAGCAGGAACAGGACUCACCAGUAUUGUCAUGGCAAUGGUGGCCAAAACGGUCUACUGCACAGAUGUUGGUGAGGAUCUUCUGAACAUGUGCCAGAGAAAUGUGACCGUGAACAAGCAGCACUUUGAACCCCAAGAAAGUGAGAUCAUGGUACGUCAGCUGGACUGGAUGGCGGACGAUUUCUGCACAGUGUGUUAUGAUGACGAUCUUACAGACGCACUGUUCAGAACAAUAUACAGACUCUCCAGCAACAUGAGAAAGCCCAGCACAGCAUACAUCUCAAUAGAGAAGAGAUUGAACUUCACACUGCAGCACAUGGACGUGUCCUGUGAAGCUUAUGAUCACUUCCGCCACUGUCUAGACCAGCUACAGCAGAUGAAAGACGGAAAGAUGAAUUUCAAAGUAGAACUCGUCAAGAUCUCUUUUCCUCAGUUCUUCCAGUACGAAAGAGUCGAGCAGCUGGAACUCUGGAAGGUGACAGCAGAGAGACUUAAUAAAUAACUCAGGUUUUUAAGGUUUGAUUUAACACCAGGAUUUGUCUCGUCUUUGUAAAUCCUGUUUUAACUAAAGGGAUAGUUCACCCAAAAAUGAAAAGCUGCAAUUAAUUUGACCCUCAGGCCAUUCAGGAGGUUACUUUUUUCUUUGAUUUAACAUUAAAGCACAUUUUUUAGCUAAAAUUGUGGUACUUGGUGAUUCACAAAAUGUAAAGUAAAUGGCUAUUGGCACUUUGAGAGUCACAAAAAACACAUACAAGCAAAAUAAAAUUAGUACUCUGCUCCUAAUGAUACAUUGAGGUCUUUUGAAGUGAAGUGACAUCUUUACUGCUUUGAACUUGUUCAUGACUGUUUGAAGUCGCUAUGGGUUAACAGUAAUAAUGUUAUAGAUAAUGUUCAGUUUUCUUGUGAAUGACUGUAGAUAUGUUGUUGUUAUUUUUUACUCUCAAAGUGUGUAUACAUGCAUAUUAUGAAUCACCAAGGACCAAAAACAUGACAAAAAAAAUCUUUAAAUUAUCUGAAGAAAAAAAUAUCUACAUCUUGAUUGACCUGAGGAUACGUUUUUAAAUAAUAAUCAGAUUUUUACUUUUGAGUUUUUUUUUUUUUUUUUUGAGUGCUUAACUUGAUCAUUUGCUCUUUAUGUUAUUUAAAUGUAACAUUGCAAAAGAGAAUACUGUUUAAAAUGUGAAUGUUAGGGUUUUACUGUGACCAGCUUGAGUUUUUAGGAUUCAUUAUUGGGAUGUUUUGGGGUAUUUAUUUGGGGUAUUUUUAGAACUUUUGAAGCAGAAUGUUUUGUUAGUGAGGUAAUAAAGUGCAUUUACAUAAAGUACAUGACAUAAAUGAAUCUCAUUUUUAAGAUAUCUAUUUUUGAAGUAACAUUAGAAAUAUUGAUAUGUAUAUACAGUGCACUUAAAGGGAUAGGGGAGCAUGGGGCACGAAGUAACCCAGGGUAAAAUUUAACUUGGUGUUUUAAGGUAUUUGCUCACGGUUAAUCAUGGCAUACUUCCGAGGUUUUCACCACAGUGACAGCAGAUGUCUUCCUACCAAUUAUUGAAAAAGUUCUGCUAAAUUGGAAACACAGGAGAAAGCAUUUUUGCAGCAUAAACGUAUUUUUAUAAUAUUUGUAUAUACUUUUAAAAAAAUGUAAGUAUGUAGGAAAAAUCUUAUAUUGAUGUGAUUACCGUCUUCUAGGCUAAAAGGUGGAACCAUUUUGAAAGAUGUAAAAAACACAGUAACUGCUAGACAGUUUUAAGGAAAGCAUGACAUAGUGGAGUUAGUUGUAACAGGGUGUUACAAAUAAGCCACACGCUGUUGGACACCAAAUAAACUAACUAAAUAUUUUGUGAUGUGUAGUGUUGGAAACUUUUUAUAUGAAAAUGUUUAGCAAAAACUUUGUAUAAUAUGCAGAUAAAUCCAAAUGUGUUUAUUUAAUAGAUAUAUAAAUAAACAUGCUGUGCUAUGUAGAAUAAAAAAAGAAGUGAGUUAAGUACUAAGGAAAUUUACUAUUUAAAGUAAACUUAAUUUAAAUGAAUUGUCUGAAAUCUGACUUUAUAAGCAUGUUACAACUAACCCUCUCUCUCUAUGUUACAACUUGCCCGCAGGUUGGGUAAAUAGUCAUAAUUUUACUCCUGGCACUUUUGAGAAUACUGCACAGAAACCAUAGGUCUGGCAAUCAUACUUUCAGUGCUCAUUUGUAGGAGAGGCUUGUGUGUUGUUGGUAAAAAAAAAAUGGUUUGUCUAACCUCAUUACUUUGUUCAUUAUUUGGGUAAAACCAAAAAGUGUUACUUUGUUCCCUGCUCUCCCCAAGUUCACACACAACUGAAGAUUCUGUCAUCAUUUACGCUCCCUCCACUUGUUUCACUACUGUUGGACUUUUUUCUUUUGUUAAACGCAAAAGAAAAUAUUUUGGAAGAAAGUGGUAACAUUGAGUUCCAUAUUUUUUAAAUACUUUGGAAGUCAAUGGCUACAGUUUUUCAUUUCUCUUCAAAAUAUCUUCCUUGUGGUCAACAGAAAAAAGAAACUCAAACAGUUUUGGAGUUAAUAAAUGACAGAACUGUUAUUUGUGGAUGAACUGUUCCUUUAAGUAGUGUUGUUGUAUUUCUCUCUUUGAACACUAGAGGAUGCAAGAGUUUGGAAAGGACAGAAACAUUAUCGAAUUAUAAGAUAGAUGGCAACAUAUUCACAAACUAAUCUCUGUCAGGUUUGACCAGUUUUUCUGGCCUUAGCUAAUUGUUCAUUGCUAGCCAUUCAAUUUAGUCGACCUUGUUGGUUAGUGUUGUUUUUAGUUGACUGGAAUAUGGCCAUCGUUUUUAAGAUCAUUGUUUGUUUUGAAGUUGCCAUGGAAUGUUAAAGAACCAAUAAAAUGAAUCAGUUCUGUUGCAGCA